UUAUUAUCAUUUUAGUUUGAUCCAUGGCCAAUCUUACCAAACUCGAGUUUACGGCUCUUGAUAUCACUGGAAAAAACUAUUUGUCUUGGGUCUUAGAUGCUGAAAUCCACCUAGAUGCCAAAGGUCUAGGAAGUACUAUUUUACCUGGAAAUGAAGCAACUAGCCAAGACAAGGCUAAGGCUAUGAUUUUCCUACGCCACCAUUUGCAUGAAGGGUUGAAAGCUGAAUACCUGACGGUAAAAGACCCGUUAGAAUUGUGGAAUAAUUUAAAAGAAAGGUAUGAUCAUCAAAAAACGGUAAUUUUGCCUAAAGCUCGUUAUGAAUGGAUGCAUUUGAGGCUCCAAGAUUUUAAAUCUGUGACUGAAUAUAAUUCAGCAGUUUUCAAAAUAAGUUCUCAAUUGAAAUUAUGUGGUGAGAAAAUAACAGAUGAGGACUUAUUAGAAAAAACAUUUUCAACUUUUCAUGCUUCAAAUGUGCUCCUGCAGCAGCAAUAUCGUGAAAAGGGUUUUAAGAAAUAUUCUGAAUUGAUCUCAUGUCUUCUUGUGGCUGAACAAAAUAACGAGCUAUUAAUGAAAAAUCAUGAGAUCCGUCCCACUGGAUCAGCUCCAUUCCCUGAAGCGAAUGUGACUGUACGCAAUAAUCAUCAUACACGUGGACGCGGUCGUGGUCGUGGUCGUGGCCGAGACCGUGGUCGUGGUAGGGGACGCACAAAUUACCGUCAUUAUGGUGGGGGAAGCAACAAUUAUAACCCAAAUACCCACCAAAAGAAGAAACUUGGGGAUGGGCAGAAAAAAGAUAAGAAUGGCCCUUCAAGAGUUGUUGAAAAUCAAUGUUACCGGUGUGGCAUGAAAGGACAUUGGUCACGUACCUGUCGUACGCCUGAGCAUCUAGCAAAACUUUAUCAGGCUUCUAUAAAAAGAAGUUCAAAUAAUGUGGAAGCAAAUUUGACUUUUCAAAGUGAUGAUGUGGAGGCAAAUUUUGCAUACAAAAAUGAUAAUAUCAAUGAGCUAGAUGAUGUUAAUGGCCUUGAUGCUAUGGCACAUUUGGAUGUGGCUGAUUUCUUUGAGAAUCAUGAUUAG